AUGAAUGAAACCUCUCCCGAUGAUGAUCCUGAGAAAUAUCUAAAAUGGUUUCCAGGAACUACUGAGCAAGAACAGCGAUUUCGAAGAUGGAUCGAAGAAACCGAUGAACCUCUCUUGUUUCCAAAUGUUUCCGAGUGGCUGUGGGAAAAUGCCGAUACUAUUUUUGACGACCUCGACGACGAGGACGCUGUUCAAGAUAUUUUAGAUAACAUGGCCAAAGAUUUCCAAAGGAAAAUUUCUCCUACAGCCACCAUCAUGCUCCCAGGUUAUGGCUAUCCCCUUGAUAUAAUUCCUCGUGGCACUUUUCCAUUCUUGGAGCCCUACAAUGGAAAUGGAUGGGCUGCCACACCUCUCUUUGUGAGGGAGUUGUGCAUAUUGAAGGUUAUCGAAGAAAUCACCAACAAGCCGGCUUGGUGGGCCAACGUUCGCGAUGUUCAUACAACGGACAAGUGGAAAAAAGAGAUUCUUGGGCUGAAGUGGAACAAUUACAUACUGCAUGCUGACUUUACGCCUUCUAUGGCUGACUGGUGUAUCGAAGAGCUAAAGCUCAAAGCGGACCUUUACCAAAAAACAGGCCUCAUUCCUGUUUUAGACCACGCUGCUUGUGUUAUAAAAUCUGACAAGCUUGUACCCGAAGCCCUAAACCAUGAACUCUCUAUCGGCAGACAGAAACUACUACAAGCCAUAUCUAAUUGCAAAAGAUCCCGCGGUGGUCUUGCUUUUGAUUUGAUAGAUCCUUCUAUAUGCCCACUCAUAUAUAACCGCUCUCGAAUUCUUCCUGAUCAACUUAUAGACCUCGCCGAUUGUCUAGAAGCUUGCGGUAGAGGGGAUACUCUUGCAAGCCUUUGGGAUCCGAUGACCAGUAAAAUCUGUGAGGAUUUUGAUGACUCUUUUCAAUGGCUUCCAUGCAAUGUCAUUAUGGAUGAUUCCGGACAAGCCAAGAUCAACAGUUACAUCAACAACCUACACCCAGUAGAGCAUGCCGAUAUGUAUGCUACCAUCGAAAAGUUCAUCACCCUGGCUUUACCAGCCUUGGAUAUCGUAUACAGAUGGCCUAAAGAGUUUUCACAUCAACGAAUAGGCGUGGAGAAUAUUUAUUAUGACUGUAAAACUCCGAAUAUUUGCCCCGAAGAAGGAUGCAGUUGGUUGAACAUGCCUCUACCUGAAGUGGAAGCUUACCUUAAGAGAAAGAAGAUCCACGAGGAGAAGGAUGCACUCGAGAAGGAACAAAACCCGGAAGCAGCCGAUGAAAAGCCUGUGUCAGUUACUCUGCCUAAAUGUGAUGAAAAUCACCUGCUCAAUCUCAAAUUGGAACGCAACGAGGACUAUUUGGACAAGUUCCUACGCGAUUGGAUCCUUGAAGGCGAUGAGAUGUGUCGAGACAUGCUGGACAGACAUAGUAACCCCAUUUUCAAGUGGUUCAUCGAGACUCACCCUUUCCAGUUCCCUGAGCUAAGAUCAACAUCUUUCGAUAAGCACGUUCGCUUAAAGUCAUCUGACGUUCGCUCGUCUGCUUUCUUUCCACGAAAGAAUAAGCAUCUUCAGUUCAUCGUUCAGCUGACUGAAAUUCAUCUUACCCCGGAAAAUCCAGAGUACGAUGGUGAUGUGUGGGAUGUGGAUGGUUGGCGCAACGAACAUAUCGUGUCUACGGCCUUUUUAUGCUACGAUAGCGACAACACGACGGAUUGUCACAUAUACUUCGACACGGAAAUCUUACCAGGGGAUAGACAUACCGUGCCGGACCCUAAUGGCGAUGACCUCUUGCGGGCGUUUGACCUACCACCAGUUAGCUCUCGCCAAGUCCUAGGUCGAGUACUUGCUGGUCCUGGCCGAGCUGUUUUCUACCCUAACGUUUACAGACACCGCCAAGGGUCAUUUUCACUUGCAGACCGCUCUCGACCGGGCUAUUACAAGUUUCUUAAGCUAUGUCUAGUUGAUCCAGCCAUCCCCAUCAUAUCGACAUCCAACGUCCCACCUCAGCAAUUUCACUGGUGGACUGAAUGCAAAGUUCACCGCGAGGGAGUACGACUCGCCCAAAGGCUACCGCCAGAGCUGCGAAAGAUUGUGUACGAUUACGUAGAUAUGCCAAUUGAUAGUAAAGGGGCGGAAGAUAUUCGACGCCAACUCUUAUGCGGUCGAAUGGUAGCAGGGAUUCGCACACCUUAUGGCGAAGAUGAGAAGAGAUCAGGCUCAGAUGAGUCUGACAAUGAAUGA